AUGGCGCCCCAGUCCUCUAUCCCCGUCGCGGCGAACGUCCUCGGGACGAUCGGUACAAUCCUGUGGUGCGUCCAGCUCAUCCCGCAGAUUUGGACCAACUGGCGCACAAAGUCCACCGAAGGCCUUCCAGGGUCCAUGGUGUUUCUCUGGGCCAUGUGCGGCGUCCCCUUCGGCGCCUACAGCAUCAUUCAGAACUUCAACGUGCCCAUUCAGGUCCAGCCGCAGUGCUUCAUGGCCCUCUGCCUUGUCAGCUGGGCCCAGGUCCUCGUCUAUGGCCGUGGCUGGCGCCUCUGGGCCGCGACGUUGGUGGGUAUCGCUGUCGCAGCUGCGUGUGCCGGCGUCGAGGCUGCGUUGAUCCUGACCUUGCGGCCAAUUUAUCUAAGAGGCAAUGAGACACCGGUGCUGGUUGUCGGUAUAGUGGCGUCUGUGCUGCUUGCUGCAGGUCUCCUACCCCCUUAUGGUGAGAUCUGGAAGAGAAGAGGAAGGGUAAUCGGUAUCAACUGGAUCUUUUUGACAAUGGACUGUAGCGGGGCCUUUUUCUCGCUCAUGGCACUUGUUGCACAAGAUACGUUUGACGUGCUCGGAGGUGUGCUGUAUAUUAUUUGCGUGAUCUUGGAGCUUGGUAUCUUUGCAUCCCACAUCGUCUGGCUCAUCAAGACGUACAAGAUCCGGAAACAGGCGAAGGAGCAGGGCAGGACUUUUGAUGACAUGGCACUGGAGCACGAGCAAACUGGAACCCCUUUCAAGUUUGCAGAGAGAAAGAGCAGGAAGGAGAGACAUUCCUGCCAAAAGGAUAGUUCGACGGACGACCCGCCGGAGCACGGGGCUGGACAGACCGGGAAAGGCUCACGAGAGAAAGGCCCUUGA